AUGGCUAAAAUUGACGCCGAGUAUCUGGUGGACGGGAAUGGACCGGGAGGAUGUGAUCAACCCAAGGGACGUAGUGACCGAGGCCUAUGCACGCCUGCCGGACCUAAAGCUGCAGUGCAGCUGGACGACGCCGUCCGAAGGGUCAAGGAAAGCACUUACAUGGGAUGCGUGGAGAACAUGGAAUCGAUCGUCGAGGCGGCCGAGGAGAUGGAUUGGGAGAAGCGCAAGGCAAUCGUCUUUGCCUUCCUGAGCGCCAUUUUCUUUUCCGUCCCCUUCGUCGGUCAGCUCGUGAGUGGGCUGGCAUCGCUUGUCACAAUUGGGCGCAUUGUCGCGCUGAUGGGAACGGUCAGUAACGUGGCGUUGGAUAUCUACAAGGUGGUCGAUGACGAGGAGAAUGCGCCCCUGGCCGUCUUCAACCUCAUUCUUGCUCCCUUGGCACUCUUUUGGACAUUGCGCGAGUGA